CUUAUAGAUUUAAAAAGCGAGACGGAUUCAGUGUGUAUGACAGUCACUGAGUGCGAAGCAUCGGGAGAACAUCUGUCUGUCUGUAGUCCGUCUGUCUCCACUUUUUCUGAGGAUGCUACAGUUACCGCGGCUCCGCCAGGGCGUGAUCGCGCUUCUCAUAUGGUUCGCGCACUUGAUGGAACAGCAGAAAGUACAAGCUGGCAACUGCUGGCUUCAGCAGGGCAAGAACGGGAGAUGCCAGGUUCUGUACAUGUCUGGGAUGAGCCGGGAAGACUGUUGUAGAAGUGGUCGUCUGGGCACGGCGUGGACCGAGGAGGAUGUACCCAAUAACACACUCUUCCGGUGGCUGAUCUUCAAUGGCGGCGCACCAAACUGCAUACCUUGCAAAGAGACUUGUGAUAAUGUGGACUGUGGUCCUGGAAAGAGGUGCAAAAUGAACAAGCGGAAUAAGCCACGCUGCGUGUGCGCUCCAGACUGCUCCAAUGUCACCUUUAAAGGGCCCGUGUGUGGCUCCGAUGGGAAAACGUACCGGAACGAGUGUGCACUCCUUAGGGCCAAGUGCAAGAGACACCCUGACCUGACUGCGCAGUACCAGGGAAAAUGCAAAAAGUCUUGCUAUGACGUGCGUUGUCCUGGAAGCUCGACAUGUGUACUGGACCAGACCAACAACGCCUACUGCGUGACCUGCAACCGGCUUUGCCCUGAGGUGACCUCGCCGGAGCAGUACCUGUGCGGGAAUGACGGGAUCGUGUAUGCCAACACCUGCCAUCUCCGAAGGGCCACGUGCAUCAUGGGACGCUCCAUCGGAGUAGCCUAUGAGGGGAAAUGCAUAGACGCCAGGUCCUGUGAAGACAUCAAAUGCCGUGAGGGACGGAAGUGUCUGUGGAAUAAGCGUACGGGACGGGGACUGUGUGCGGCGUGCGAGGAGGACACCUGUCCCGAGAGUCGACCGGGCGACAGCGUGUGCGCCAGCGACAACGUCACCUACCCGAGCGAGUGCGCCAUGAGGCAGGCCGCCUGCUCUUUGGGCCUCGUCCUGGAGGUCAAACACUCGGGCUCCUGCAACUCGCUCUCAGAAGAGACGGACGAAGAGGAGGAUGAUGAAGAUUACGCGGAUUAUAGCCAUGUGUCUCUGUUACUGACUGGAUAAAUCACAUUCAACAGCAGGACUCCAUUUAAGCACAGAGUCAUGUUCAUAUUGUACAUACAUGUACUCUUAUUUAUUUUCCGCAGACAUGUGGAAGAUGCUUAUUGUUCUAGAUGUUUAUUUAUACAUUUUUGUCUUCUUAUUUAUACAUUUAUAGUCCGAAUAAAUGAACUGUCUACCGUCUUUUCUUUGUCGUCUUUGGAAGAAUAUUAUUUAUUAUAAUGUGCAAUGUAACUCUGUAUGUGUUUUGAAAAGUUUGUGAAGAAAAAAAAGCUUAAACAGUUUUUGUCAUCCUCCCAAAUGGAAUAUCUGCAGCAAAACUUGCAUGUGUUUUAUUUAUUUGCAAUCUAAUGUUCACUAAUAAUGUAUUAAGCGUAGAUCUGCUUCGGUUUACAAUCAAAGCUGACAAAAGCAGCCUUUUCAGUAAAGUCUAUGUAUGAUUUUGACACAUACACCAAAAACAGUGGUUUUAUUUGACAGAAAAAACGUUGGAAUCAAUGCAUUGUGUUUUAUAAAAUCGAAAUAUACCCUUGAUGUUAUUUUCUUGCCUAUACGUUGCCUGUUUUUACGUGGGUUCUCAGACAAAGGAAUCGUUUAUCAUAUAGUGUAUAUAAUUAACAAUAUCGAUCUUAGCAUUGUUUUCUUGCCAUUUAUUGUCUUUUUUAUUUUAGAGAUCCAGCUAUAAAUUUAUAGUUUUGUAUUUGUUUGUAAAUGUUUAAUGUAUAUAAAGUUAAUGAUGCCAUUUGUAAAGAUGCAGUAUAAAGAGUAAAAUCUGAAAAAUCUA